AUGUCUGGAUUAGAGAAAAGCGCCGUUAUGGAGGGACAGAAAGUGGUGGAAGAUGAAGCUGUGAUGACGGACUUCGUCGCCAUAUGGACAAAGGAAAUAACCAUUACUGCCAUCUUGUGGCUGGUGCACGUAUCAGUCCUAUGUCGGCAAGAGAGGACAGCAAGACAUCUCUUCAACCCAUAUCCCACUAGGGGACCUCCAAGGAGGAGGGCCCAAGAGCCACUUUUCGAGACUCUAAGGUCACCGGUGUGGACAGGAAGUAGGAUCAAAGGUCACGAUUUCGAUGAGUCUCUUCAGAGGCUUUUACCUCCGGCAUCGUCCCACGCAGAACUUUGA